AUGUGAGGCGCCCCUGUAUUACGAGCAGGUCCCAUUCCCUCCGAUAGUCGGAUUCAGUCCCACAACUACUCACAGCUACAAUUGGCUGUGAGUACGGUGUGAUCACCUGCCAACAAAAUAAGUUCCAACAACCUACCAAUCACAUCUGACACCGCACAUCUUGCUAUAAACAUAUCCGCUUUACCGACCACGUAACCUACCAUCAACGUUCCUCGGUUCCCUGAUUCCCUCCCCCGACCUCUCCCCUGUAUGCGUGUGUUAGUGCGCGGUACGUAGUUAAUUAUGGAUCAUCACUCAGGCCGUCGCUUUGCCGUGCCCCACAAGAAGCUCUCCCUAGAUAUCAAGGGAACCAAAACAGAUUUGAUAAUAUGCAGCUACGAUGAUUACUUUCUUGUUAUGGUGACUCAGAUAGGAAGUAUGGGAACGAUACUGCAUGCCAAGAAGGAAGAGGGGGUUUCCAUUCAUCCAACCUUUGCUGUGUCUGUAAUAUUUGGUAAACGAGAUGAGCCAAUGCUAAUGGCAUGUGCACGUCAGCUGAUUGAACAUAUAAGCAACUCUGGUUCUUCAAAGCCAUUGGUGCUUUCUCUUGGACUCAAAGACCACUCCCUGGAGACACUGAAGGGAGUUGCUUCUGCUUUGAUUGAGAAUCGUCUCUGGUGAUUCAAUGUUACCAUUCUUUUCGUGUGACAUGCAAAUCAACCCACUGGGAUAUUCUCCUUCAAGCUUUGGUAUACAUUUUAAUGUUCUGUGAUCACCAUUAGCAGCAGCAGUAGCAUCUUAUCAUCUCUCUUAUCAUACUAUGGAUGUUUUUAUUUGAGGCUAUAAACCAAUUCUACUACCAACAUCAGGACUCAGCAUCUCAUUCAUGAUUGUCAUUAAAUCAAUACUGGUUUUUGGACCAAAUAGCUUGUACAUCACAUUAGCCUACCAGGAAGAAAUGUGGGAGGCGGGGGUAGGGAUGGGGGUAAAGAGGGAAUAUUAUAUUUUACUUUUAGUCUUGCGGAACAGGCAAUUAUUAGUUUUGUCUUGCCAUACUCCAGGAUAUUGUAUUGAUUUACUUGUAGCUGAGGCAAUGUCUGCAUCCUCAGUUGUCAAAUAGAUUUGGAUCAUUAUAAGUUUAUAACCUGUCUAGUUGUAACGUUCUUUUGGAUGGUCAAGGAUGAUUACAGCUUCCUUGAUCAAUCGGGAAAUUCA